AAAAAAAAAAAAAAAAAAAAACAUGAUAUUAAACAAGUUAAGGCCAUCAGUGGCAAUGUUAAUUCGAAACGUACAGAAACUGUCAGCUGUUUUGUUUUAAAAUACGAACAAGAUUAAUAAUGCCAUCCACAUGUCUAUUUUCGGGGCUUCAACUGCUGUAUUAUUGUAGUAAGAUAAGAGUAUUUAUUUUCCUUCCGCUUCUUUGCUGUCAUAUGACCGCACGUGUUUUGAAAGCCAGUAUAAGCUCCACAUGACAAACAGACUCCUCCUUGCUUGAGGUGUGCACUGAUCUGAUCGUUCUUUUCAGCGCACACUCCAUCGUUUAGAGGACUUCCUGGAGGUAGAACUGCAGAGCUGCAACAGUGUAACUUUAUGGAAGUGAAACUGUCAAGACACUGACACGCAGUAGCCAAAAGGACCAUUGUUUUACAUCUUUCAGAAUAUUUUUUACCCUUAUUUUUAAAAUUGGGAAAUAGCUUUUAGCCUGAAAAUAUAAGUGCAUUAACAAAUAACAGACUUCGCGGUUGCUGAAUCAAAUCCUAAUACUUUUUAUUUGGUUGUUUCCAUAUGUCCCGCAAAUCCAGUCACCAUGAAUAUAACCUUCGAAGCUUAAGCAAUCUGAUGGGGGAGAGAAGGAAGAAACUGGACGACGGUACUGGAGAGCGAAGCCUCAUCAAAGCUGCCUCCAGCUCCAGCAUCAACAGCCAGGCUACAGCCACCGCUUCCACUGGGGACUUGGAAAGGGCAGCCCGCAAGCAAUUCCAGGAGGAUGUCACCCCGAGUUUCGUGUACGUCCUGGCGGGUUUCUCUGCGCUGGGUGGCUUUCUGUUCGGCUAUGACACCGGGGUAGUAUCGGGAGUGAUGCUCCUGCUCAAGCGAGAAAUGAAUUUGAAUGCGCUGUGGCAAGAGCUCUUGGUUUCCAGCACGGUCGGCGCAGCUGCUCUGUCAGCCCUGGCAGGCGGGGUGUUGAACGGGUUUUUGGGGCGCAGACCAUGUAUCUUACUGGCCAGCUUUCUGUUCUCAGUUGGGGCGGUAGUGCUAAGCGUUGCUCCAAGUAAAGAGAUUCUGCUCGUAGGACGCGUUGUGGUUGGACUUGGAAUAGGUGUUGCCUCCAUGACGGUACCAGUAUACAUCGCCGAGUCUGCCCCCCCUCAUUUAAGAGGAAGAUUAGUUACUAUCAACACCCUCUUCAUCACUGGAGGGCAGUUAUUUGCGAGUGUCAUUGAUGGGGCCUUCAGUUAUCUUCCAAAGGAUGGAUGGAGAUACAUGCUGGGACUUUCUUUUUUCCCAGCGGUUCUUCAGUUCUUUGGGUUCCUGUUUCUUCCAGAAAGUCCUCGUUGGCUAAUCCAAAAAGGCAAGACACAAAAAGCUCGACGGGUUCUCAGUCGGAUCCGUGGCAAUCAAAACAUUGAUGAGGAGUAUGACAGCAUCAAAACCGGCAUUGAGGAUGAGGAGAAAGAGUCUGGAGGAGGUAAGCUGUUACACACAAAAAGUACAAAAAAAUAG